AUGGCGCCAAAGAGAGCACCGCCGACUCAAUCUUCUCUCUACCCUAUCGGUGAUUACGAGGUCGCUGUGGAUGGUAAGAAGUUUACUUGUGAAUCCGGACCCAGCAGCAUCCAAAUCAACUUUUCCAGAAACAACAGAGUGAAAAUCUCAGAGAAGGAUAGAAUCGUGUCUGCUUGUCCGAAAGAACACAUGUUUCUUCUUCUUAAUCCUCGGGAUGAAGAUGGUUUUACCAAAUCUCAUCUCCAGGAAGUGCUCAAGUUAUAUAGUAAAGAGCUGCCUGACAUGAAGUACGCUUCAAACACUGGGAAGCAAUCUGCAUUCCUUGAGACAUGCGUCUUCAAAGGCAAGUAUUGUUCAUUGGUUUUGAAGUCCACACUUAGCGAAGUCUCAGAUGAGAUCUUAGCUGCAAUCACCUAUCAAAUAGUCCCUGCGGAUACACAGUAUGCUGAGAUACCUCUUGCUGCUGUAACAUCUACACACCAGAAAAAGGGUUUUGGUAAACUCGUCUAUGAAGAAUUAAUGAAGAGGCUUCAUAACGUUGGCAUUCGAACGAUAUACUGUUGGGCAGACAAAGAAUCUGAAGGAUUCUGGCUUAAACAGGGAUUUGUAACAAUAGCAGAGGUAGACCAGAAAGGAAAAGCAAAGAGGUUACGCAUUAAGUCUAAUAUUCGAAAAGCCCUGUGUUUUCCCGGUGGUUCAACUCUCAUGCUUUCUCAUCUGAAAAAGGAAUCUUCUCUUGAUUCUGCAAACCACGAGAUUGCCUCUUCAUGGAAAUAUCAAUGUGAGGGAUCUCCACUCUCAGCCAGAAAUAAUAGCACAGAUCCUGUGGCUGGAGAUUCACCUAAGCUUGGAGAGAGUUUUAGUGAAAGCGUAUAUGUUGACUGUCUCUCUGGUAUCAGAAGUCCAAUGGACUCGAUCACAGGAAAGGAAGACAAUAACGUGGUCUCUGAUCAAGCUACCACAGCUGACAAUGAGACCAAAUGUUCCACUCCGGGCUUGAAAAGGUCUUGGGAAGCUUCACUGUCUUCUCUACAAUCCAAAAGGAUUAGGGCAAACCGCGACAAUGACUCUGAGAUAGCUAUAGAGGAUUUGGCUAUCAGCACUGCAAGAGAGCAGAAUCAAUCGAAAGACGCUUCUUCCUCCCAAGUGGGUUUAACCAAGAAUCCUCUGCCCAAAACUUGCAAAAGAAACAAUGGUGAACAAUGCAGAACGGUGACUGGGAUGUCUGACUCUCUGAUCGACAUGGAAGCUCCUCCAAAUGGACAAAACUAUAGAAUCUUGUUGAUGGACAUUGGGGAUGAAAACAAGAGAGCCUGGUUAACAGAGGUAAUAAGAAAACUAGGCGGUGACGUGACCUUGGAUGGCAACAUGAGCACACAUAUUGUCACCGGAAAAGCCAGGAAAACGCUUAAUUUCUGCACUGCUCUUUGCUCUGGGGCUUGGAUCGUAUCACCAAGUUGGCUAAAAGAAAGUUUCCGACAAGGCAGAUUUGCUAAUGAAGCUUCGCACAUAUUGCACGAUGAAGAGUACCAGUUGAAAUAUGAAACUGAUCUAAAAAGCACAGUUCUUAGAGCAAAGGCUAGACCUAACUCGUUGCUUAAAGGAUAUGACAUAUGCGUUGGACCUCAUGUUCAGUUGCCUAUUAAAACUUCAUCUGCUAUCAUCAAAUCUGCUGGUGGAAACGUGAUAAGAGGAGUGGAAAAGGUAAAAGAGGCAUCGAAAGCGAUAUACAUAGGGUGCGAAGAAGACACAGAGGAGGCUUUAUGUGCAGCAAAGAAAAGGGUUUGGACAUUCAGCAGCGAAUGGUUAAUGAACUGUGUCAUGAAGCAGCAACUUGAGCUUCAAGUUUCUCAGUUUGUUGAGUCCUUGUGA